AUGGCCGCCGCCGCCAACGAGUACGACUUUUCCGGCGACUCCGACGUCGCUCCCGCCGCCGCCGUGGCUGCCAAGCCGAAGAAGGCCAAGGGCCCGAAAAAGUCCAACCAGCCGACGAUGAUGGCCAUGGUGGUGGCCGCCUGCCAGAACGCCGCCGACAGCGAGGUCGGUCCUGCUCGCCGCAAGGGCAUUUCCAGCCAGGCGAUCAAGAAGUACCUGUACGAGACCUUCGGCGUGGACACCAUCACCCAGGCCAGCCGCAUUCGCAAGGCGCUCGUCACCGCUGUCACCACCGGCGCCAUCAUGCAGACCAAGGGCCAGGGCGCCAGUGGAUCGUUUCGCGUGACCAGCCUCGCUGGCGCUGCCAAGCCGGCCAAGAAAACGGCUCCCUCUGCCAAGAAGCCAAAGGUGGCCAAGGAUGCCACUGAUGCUGGCAAGUCGAAGAAGGUGGCGACCAAGUCGAAGGCGGUGAAGGAUACCGCAGCUGCUGCCAAGCCAAAGAAGGCCGCCGCUGCCAAGAAGACCGCCCCGGUGAAGAAGUCGGCCACUCCGGCUAAAGCUAAAGCCGCCGCCAAAGCUGCUCCCGCCGCUAAGGCUAAAGCUAAGAAGAGCUCGGCCGUCGAGAAAAAGGCUAGCUCGCCAAAGGUCCGCAAGGCUCCUAAGGCCCGCAAGUCGCCGAUGGUGAAGAAGGCCGGCGCUGCCAAGAAGAAGUGA